AUGGAAGCAGACAACAAGCGUCUUUUGGAAAAAAUGGCAGACCUGGAAGACAGUUCCCACCGCAACAACAUCCGCGUGCGCGGAGUGCUGGAGACUAUAGUGCAGGAAGAUCUGCCAUCUUACCUGCUAUGGCUCUUUCAAGCAAUACAGGCUAGCCUGGAACCGGCGGAUCUCCGCUUAGACCGGGCACACUGGGUGCCAAAGCCCCAAAACCUUGCGCAAGAUGUCCCAAGGGACAUAGUGACCAGACUCAAUUACUACAGCGCCAAAGAAGCCAUACUCACAGCGCAAAGGAAGGCUUCAGAGAUACCGCCUACCUACGUGGGAAUAGCCCUCUAUGCUGACAUCUCACCAACAACGAUGUCCAGGAGAGGGGACUUUAUCAAUGUGACAAAAUGCCUCAGAAACAACAAACUACCCUACAGAUGGGGAUUCCCCACAAAACUCCUAAUCUGGUGCAACGGCUCUCUUACAAAAAUUGAGGAUCCGGCCCAGGGAAUGGAGAAACUGAAGACCUGGGGACUAUUUCCCGACACGAGGACGGCCGCCUCACAGGCCGCCACAUGGAAGGUGACUGCAGACUGA